UCUUAGUUCGUCAUUAUAUAAAUGCAUUAUUUGAAUUACAGAAAGAACCUGAUGGCAUAGUAUCUGUUAAAUUUAAAGAUUCAUUAAGUGCCGAAGCUUGUGUGCUGAAAAUGAAUGGGAGAUUUUUUGCUGGACGUAGAAUCGAAGCACAAAUAUUUGAUGGUAAACAAAAAUACCAAAAGACAAGUUCUAAAUCAAAUGAAACUGAAGAAGAAGAAUCUAAUAGAUUGGAAAAAUAUGCAAAAUGGUUAGAGCAAAAUGAUAGCGGAGGCAAAAAAGAUAAUUAA